AUGACUGAGACCCAGAAACUUCCCAUCUUCUCGCCCCCUGGCUUCCUCGACUAUUCUCACCGCCGACUUCCCCCGCUAGAGAUCCCACCAGACGCUGUACCACCCCGGUCCGAUCACCAGUUCCGCUCACCCAUCAACCAACUGCCCUCGAUUCAUGCUGGAUUGCCUCCGCGACAAGACUACCCCCAGCCGCCCUCCGUACAUAGAUCAGCAGCUCCUGUUGAGAAACUACUACAACAUUCAAAUCCCUACACCCCACCCAGAUCAGACCCUCCAUAUUCGCCUCAGCAAUAUGGCCCUUCCAUCUCACCACGUUCCGAGUUUGACAGCAGAGGACCGCGGAGAUUGACAGAACACCGCUAUCCUUACGAGGAACCCCGGCACUACCAUCAUAGUCAACACCACGAGCAGCCAUACUCAUCUCUCACAUCCCCAGUAGAGGCCUCGCAGCAAAGGUCAUAUCCUCCACUGCCGUCACCUGGGUAUACACCGAGCUAUGCAUCGAGUAGUACUCCAUUCCGCGGAUCCGUAGGUUCCCGCCAGCAUUCACAAUCACAUCGAGGCUCCAUAGCAGCCCCACUCGGUGCCAUUGCGUAUUCGGAGCCGCCUGCAACGGCUCCUCCACCUCAAAAACAGCAUCGAGCAAUUCCAUUACCAGGUUCGAUACCACAGCCGGUAUACAACGAGCAGCUAAACUUGAACUACGAACUUCGUGUGCGGCAACAACCCAUCGCCGCGCGAGCAUGUGGGUUCGGAGAACGUGACCGAAGGGUAAUUGACCCACCGCCAAUCAUCCAGCUCCUUGUAACAGAUCCGAAAACCGGUGCCGCAGAGCAAGAAGAACUACGUUACUCGCUCAACGUGGUUCAUUGCACACUCUGGAAUGCCGAGGGGACGAACGAAGAGACAGCGCUCAUACAGCCCGACAGGCGAACGACGCGGCGAUUAAUGGGUCAGCUCGUGGCAUCGCCAUCAGUAGCAAAGGAUGAGCAUGAUGCCGAAGGUUGCUUCUUCUGCUUUCCAGACCUUUCGUGUCGUACACAUGGCAAAUACCGACUUCGAUUCGUCCUAAUGCGUAUCGAUCCGAUGAACCUCCACGUGGGAGGCUUUUCGCCAAUACUUACCGAAGUCUUGAGCGACGUCUUCACCGUCUAUACGGCCAAGGACUUUCCUGGCAUGAGACCAAGCAGUGCUCUUACCCGAGCAUUGAAGUUACAAGGAUGCAACAUCCAAGUAAAGAAAGGCAAUGAGAAAGCACUGGCGCGCAAACGACUUACCGCAAGUCAAGAGCACGAUAAUAAAGAGGAGGAUGAGUUGAAGCGGAGGCGCAGGGAAUAA